UGGAAAGCACCCCAAAUCUAUUCUAACUCCCACAGAAAAAGUGCUUAUACCAAAAACAGCUGAAUUUGGUAUCUCCACUACUUUGAUUAAUUCUAAGACAUGGAUUUUGAUUCUUCUUUCUUUCAACACCAAAACCUUAACUCCUCCUUUUCAAAUCCUUCUUUUUCUUCUGAAUCUUUCUCUUGGGAAGAUUUCUUUUUCUUCAAUGAAGACAACAACACACUUCUUCCCUUCAUUGAAUCAUCUUCGGAUUCCAACACUUCAGGAUCUCAGCUUAGCCUCACUGAAUCAUCAUCAUCAACAACACAAGAAGUCUCGUCCAAUUCAACUCAAACCGAACAAGUCAAAUUAGAACCACACACAUCAUCAUCACCGCCGCCGCCGCCAUCACCGCCGCCUAAGGAGGAAAUUACGAAGAGGCCAUUCAGGGGAGUGAGGAGAAGGCCAUGGGGGAAAUUCGCAGCCGAAAUAAGAGACUCCACGAGAAACGGUGUUCGAGUGUGGAUUGGCACGUUCGACACGGCUGAAGCAGCGGCUCUAGCUUAUGACCAAGCGGCUUUGUCCACGAGAGGUUCCAUGGCAGUGCUGAAUUUCCCCGAGGAAGUGGUGAGGGAGUCACUGCAAGACAUGGCUAACAAGCCUUGCGAAGAUGGUUCCUCUCCUGUGUUGGCACUCAAGAGAAACCACACCAUGAGAAGAAAGUCCAAGUCCAAUAAGGCAACAAGUCACAAAAGGGCUAAAAGGGAAGAAACAAUGCAGUUGGAGAUUAAUCUCUCCACAAAUGUUAUAGUUUUGGAGGAUUUGGGUUCUGAAUAUCUUGACCAACUCUUGAGCUUGACUUCUUCUCAAGAAAUCCCAUUUGGUAGCUAGCUCCUCCGUAGUGUUGAAUUUGGUUAUUCUUUCAUGGUAAAUUCUUUCUAUUCCGUUUCCGGAUUAAGAUCUCCCAAUGAAAUGAAAGUGCAUCACGUCAAUUAAAAGUGCAUGAAUAUAAAAUUAUAAUUAUACAAGAUUCAUUUUUAAUUGAGUUAGCAGGAUUUCAUUGGUGAUACAAGAAAUGAGACACCAUUUAAACUCAAAUGAUUUUAAUCCACUCAUUUCUUUCUAUUAAUAUCUUUUUCAUCA